GCCGCCUAUAUAUAGAGGAAGCGGGUCACGUGGGCUGGUGGCGUCACCGGGCCGGUGGAGCUUAGACAGAGCUCUGGUAGUUCGGCGCGCGCUUUCUUGAAAACUGGCAGACAUGGCAGAAACUAGCCACGAAGAAAGCGCAAGCCUUGACGGGGUGGACUGCCCUGCUCUGUACUUGUGCAAAGUCUGUAGGAUGCCGCUGGCUGAGUCCGAGGACCUCUCGUCGCGAUUAGAAGGCGAUAAAGCCGUCCUGCUGAAAGCUGUCACAGAACAUGUGUGGAUUGACGAGAACAAAGCAGUUUCCACCUAUGAAGUGGACCUUUUCAGCACUGUGCAGGUUCUGUACUGUAAAGGCUGUUCCGCAGUUGUUGGAACAUUGUAUGUAGCUACACCGGUACUCCUAGACUUCAAGCGGGACUUGUUCCAGUUAAAUACAAGUGCUGUUACUUGUUAUUGCCUUAAUAACCCUCAAAAACAAAGAAUGGUUCGAGUGUCCGAGGAACUGACAACUGUUCCCUAUAUGGAGACACAACUGAAGAAGUGCAGAACUGUUUAUGGCUUCUGUGAGCAAGCGGUAACAGAAAUAGAAAAGAUACUUACUUCUAGAAGACUGUAGAAAUGCUGCUUGUCUGCCUGUCUGUGUCCCUGAUGAAAAUGUGGCGUUUUUAGGCAAAUCACAGCACAGAACUUUAUCAUCUAUGAAAACCAGUUUUUGAUGGAUCUCUUGUAUCUGUAAUAAUUUUAUUUUUUGUUUUAAUUUUUUUUGUUUGGGUUCAAAUAUUACAUGUAUAUAAUAAAAAAAAAAUAAAACUGACUUUAAACAGAAUGGUGCAAAAGGAUGCCUAUAGAAGUGAGCAUUUCCAUUUGUCAGGAUCCUGACUGAAAUUAAAGAGAUUUUCUGAGAUUUUAACCCAGGUCCCAGGUGUCGGACCUUCACCGAUAAGAUACUGAUGACCUAUCUGUGGUCCAUAAAAAAAAUAAAAAAAUUUGGGAAGCCCCUUUAAUAAUCAGACAAAUUAACGAUUAAAGGGAUUUUCCAGAAUUACUUUGGUUUUUUAGCAGACGUGCUCAUGUAGUUGCUUACCUCAUGUA